AUACCCACGAUCGAGAUCGAGUGCUCAGCUCAUCUUCGCCACUCCACAGUCCACUUCGCCCCCACAGCAGCAGCAGCAGAGGAGGCGAAGCAGCAGCUAGCCAUGGAGGCGCAGAAGACUGCGAGGGCUCUCCUUGCGAGCUUCGUGCUCGCCGCGUUGGCUGCUCAGGCUUUCGUCGGCGUGGCCGAGUCCAGGAGCAGCCCCUUGGAGAAGGCGAGCCAAGGUGACGUGAAGAAGCCGGACUGCGUGCCGGGAAUUGACCCGCGUACGUUCCCAGGGAUCGGCGGCGGGCACGGUGGCUCCAGUGGGACGACGCCAUCCCACGGCGGUGGGUACGUACCAACGCCGUCGCACGGGGGGUCCGGAGCGUUGCCUUCUCCGUCCCACGGCGGGUUCGGGACGACACCGGCGGCGCCGUCCACUGGCGGCGGGUACGUACCAACGCCGUCACACGGGGGAUCCGGAGCGUUGCCUUCUCCGUCCCACGGCGGGUUCGGGACGACACCGGCGGCGCCGUCCACUGGCGGAGGGUACGGGAGUUCUCCAUCGACGCCGUCCCACGGCGGCGCCUACGGGAGUUCCCCCUCGCCGUCCCACGGUGGCGCCUACGGGAGCUCCCCGACUCCGUCUCACGGGGCCUACGGCGGGACUACGCCGGCGUACGGUGGCUCUCCGCCGACACAGUCGCACGGUGGACUCGGUACCUCGACCCCGACGCCGUUCAUCCCCAUCGACCCCCACAGCCCCGGUUCCCUCCCUGGCACAUGCGAUUACUGGAGGUCGCACCCGAUGGAGAUCUGGUCGGCGAUCGGCGGCCGGUGGCCGAGCAGUAUGGGCCACUUCUUCGGCGCGGCGGGCAGCGCUGCGGCCGGCGGGACGGACGUGAGCAUCCAGGACGCGCUGGCGAACACGAGGUCCGACGGCGCGGGCGCGCUGGUGCGCGAGGGCGCCGCGGCGCUGCUCAACUCGAUGACCCGCGCGGGGUUCCCCUACACCACGGAGCAGGUGCGGGACGCGUUCGCGGCCGCGGCGGCGGGCGGCUCGGACGGCGCCGCAGCGGCCCAGGCGGCGGCGUUCAAGAAGGCCAACGAGGGGAGGGCGUAGAGAUAUGAUUCAGGUGGAAUGUGCGUGUUGAGCUGCUGCAUGCGCUCGCGUUGGUUACCUGCCUUGUUUGGUCGUCGAUUUGAUGGUUAAUUUGGUUGUGUUCGUGUCAACUUCUAUAUAUGGUGUAAUGAACCAUGUUAAGUUUUGUUGUUUCGUGUGGAUCGAUGGCAAUGAAUGAAGGAAAUUAUCCUUGUCAGA